AUGGACACCCUCCCCCCGGAGAUCCUCCUCCAAAUCCUCCAUCACCUGCCGUCCCCCGCUGUAAAGCACACCCGGCUUACCUCCCGGACCUUCAACGCAAUCCUCGCCAAGCGCACCUUUGAGAAGCUUGUAUCCUUUCUCGACCCAGACGUCGCGCAGCGCACCCUGUCCACCAUCUCCCGGGACCCUCAGCGCCGUCGACGACGUCCGUCCAUCUGGUCUCCAUGCUGCAGCGUCCCCAAGAACCUGCCCAUCGACGAGGCCUUUCUCAUGGCCCUGUGGGCCGGCCUGCGCGGGGAUUCGUGGGCUGUUGAGAGGGGUCUCGAUGGAGACAAGUUGGAUAUUGAUGAGUGGCAGAAUGGCGUGGGAAGGGAUGACAUCGCCGAGGACAACCUAAGGGAGGCCUUAUUUCGAUAUGCGCUCUAUCUGAGCUACAUGGAUGAGAGCGAGAUAAAUGGAAAUGGAAAUGGAGCAAUUGUUUUCUAA